CGCCCCCCCCCCCCAUGGGCGCUGACCCUAGGUACCCCCGGUGUCCCGGCUGCAUUCCUGUGGCAGUUCCGGGCGUAGGCUAGCUCUGCGGGGCCAAUCUGAGGGGCCCCGGCCAGCCGCACAGAUGCAUUUCUGUCAGAGGGAUGGGCGAGAGGGCCCGCCUGAAUGGGGGCUUUCAGAGAGCGGCCCGGCCCAGGGGCGCGGGGGGGGGGGAUCAGGCUUCAGCACCUGAGGAAACACAAAUACGUUUACAGUCAAACGCUCAUGUACAGACAGCGAAACACGCCGAUUCACAUGCACAUUUACGGAUUAGUUACACACCGAUACACGUAACAUGCACACGUACAUGUUACACAAGCUGACACGGAUACACGUACAGUCACACUGAAACACACCGAUUCACACAGACAUUUACAGUUUACUGUUACACACAGUUAGAUGCAUCAAAAUAAACGUAGUACACACACUGAGUCAGGUACAGCCUAAAACACAUAGCUACAUGUACAGUCACGCUGAAAUACAGUGAUGCGCAUGUGACUGCAUGCACAGACAGACACCUGCAGGGGGCAGUGUGUGUCUGUGGGUUAGGACGGUGAUGGUGACCCUUUAGUGGUGCCUGCAAUCACGGCUGACAUGGCACCCUGACCCUAACUCUGAUCAAAAAGCCUUUAAUCAAUAAAUCAAUAAGGUCAACAUAUCCAGGAGUUAUUAAUUAUUAAAGAUUAUUAAUAUACCCCUGAUUGGAUGGAUAUAUUUUACACCCUUCCUCACUAAAAGCUAUUUUUUGAAAAUAAUUAUCCAGAAAUCGGCCCGAAACUCCAGCAGAGAACCAGUACCGGCACUUCUGGAUUCAUCUUCCCCUAAAACAAACUAGAGCAGACAAGAGCUGGAAGGUGACACCAGUAUCGCCCAUGAGGGAACAGGCCGUGUGAUAGAGGCGUAGGGAGAUGGAGCUGGACAAAGGGAACUGCAGACUCAUGAGCUCGUACACGCACACGCACACGCAGAGUUAUUCAUAAUCAGGUGGUUUGUGGGAAGACAUCCAGAGUGACUGAGACGUUGAGGAUAUACGGCCAUGAAGCGCCUAGAUGUGGGUGUGAUGUGUAAGAGGCCUGCGUGCCGAUGGAGUCCGAGACGCUCUGGGACCUGCCAGCCCUCCGGAGCCUUCUGUGGAGCUUAUCUGAUCUGUUACUCUCGUUUCCCUAAUCUCUGCUUGCACCCCCCCCAGCACCGAGACACAUCCUUCCUUGGCUGCCAGGGACCCCUCCCUCCUCAAAAUAAAUGUAUACCAGUUUGAAAAGGGAAGAUGUGGGGAAAAAAAGAGGAAUUCAUCACUGUUUAUUUGAACAGCACCCAAUUCCAGCCACAAUCCCGUCCUUCCAGAAAAGUUGAGAACACAAGGCACCCCCGGCUCCAACCCCCCCCUUCCCCACACUUAAGGCCCCCCAUCUCCACGCCCAAAGCCCAUCCCUUGGGUUGUAUGAAGGUAUGUUUGUUCUUGCUCCCCUUUUCUGAGAUUCUUCCAGGUUCCCGGGGCGGUAUUUCCUCUCCUCACAUGCGGCCGUGUGUGUGUGUGUGUGUGUGUGUGUGUGUGUGUGUUUUAAGGCAUUGCUGUUGAUAACCUUGUUCUCGCUCCCCACGCCUCUCAGUCCUCCUCCUGUCGUGCUCUGGCUUCUCUCCUGCUCACUUCUCCAUCGCCUCUCCGUCGCUCCCGCCCGCCUGAGCCAUGACGGCCCGUCUGCCCUUAUGCGCGUCCCUGCUGCUCCUCUGCCUCCUCAGAGCCCACGCCAGUCUGGAGCUCCGCCACGCAGCUGCCAUGGCCGCGGGCCUGUGCAACACGCGGCCCACCGACCUGGUGUUCAUCGUGGACAGCUCCCGCAGCGUCCGGCCCUCAGAGUUCGAGCAGGUCAAGGUCUUCCUGACGAAAGUGAUCGAUGGCCUGGACGUGGGGCCCAAUGCCACCCGUGUGGGCGUCGUCAACUACGCCAGCCGCGUGAAGAACGAGGUGUCGCUGAAGACGUUCCGCACGAAGGCGGCCCUGGUGAAGGCUGUGAAACGCAUCGAGCCGCUGUCUUCGGGCACCAUGACAGGCUUGGCCAUCCAGUUUGCCCUUAAUGUGGCCUUCAGUGAGGUGGAGGGAGCCCGCCUUCGCUCGCCAGAGAUCAGCAAGGUGGCCAUCAUCGUGACGGAUGGGCGCCCCCAGGACAACGUGCGAGAUGUGGCGGUUCGGGCACGGGAGGCCGGCAUCGAGCUGUUCGCCAUCGGUGUGGGUCGCGUGGACAUGAACACACUGAGGCAGAUUGCCAGCGAGCCCCUGGACGAGCACGUGGACUACGUGGAGAGCUACAGCGUCAUUGAGAAGCUCACCAAGAAGUUCCAGGAGGCAUUCUGUGCCUGCAGCAGUGCAGCAACCGACGUGGUCUUCAUGAUCGACGGCUCGAAAAGCGUUCGUCCCGAGAACUUCGAACUGGUGAAGAAGUUCAUCAACCAGAUCGUGGACAAGCUGGAAGUGGCCGAGAACAAAGCGCACGUGGGUCUGGUGCAGUACUCCAGCUCCGUGCGCCAGGAGUUCCCACUUGGCCUCCACAACAACAAGAAGGACCUGAAGGAGGCUGUGAAGAAGAUGGACUAUAUGGAACGUGGCACCAUGACGGGCCAGGCCCUGCGAUUCCUGGUGGACAACAGCUUCACUCCCAACCAGGGCUCCCGGCCAGGUGUCGCCAAGGUGGGCAUCGUUUUCACCGACGGCCGCUCGCAGGACUACAUCGGAGAGGCCGCCAAGAAGGCGAAGGAGCUGGGACUAAAAAUGUAUGCCGUGGGUGUGGGGAAUGCGGUGGAGGAUGAGCUGAGGGAGAUCGCAUCAGAGCCCACCAAAGAUCACUACUUCUACACUGCCGACUUCAAGACCAUGAACCAGAUUGCCAACAAGCUGCACGUGAACAUCUGUGAAGAGGAGAACCCCUGUGAAUGUGACUCAAUCGUCAGCUUCCAGAAAAAAGUAGAAAAUGCCAUACAGGCAUUAACAAAAAAAUUGGAGAGUGUAACGAAGAGGAUCGCAGCACUGGAGAACAAGAUCGUCUGAGCAGUGUUCCUCCAUCCAGACUCUCUUCUGACCCCCUGCCCCACAUUCUGUUCUUAUUUGUAAACAACAUACCGUAAAAUAUUAAAGAGAAGCAUAAAUUCA